ACAGCUGGUGAAAACAGUAUGUAUUAAACUCGAUGGACUCCAGACUGUCAUCCUUAACAGCUCGUUUGCAGCCACCUUUCCACGCAAUUUCUUCAAGAUCCUUUCGAGUACAGACUCCUUGGUACUCAAGAAACCCCUCCAUCAUUACCAUGUCCAAAGUCCUCAAAACUGAGCUCGUCCACCAGGUCGUCAAAAACGGCAGUAACAGCGUCCAACUUGCCCUCGCUACGCAAACGGAGUCAUACAAGAGGGUUUACACAUCGCCAGAGACCAUAAAGCAGUUCCUCGCUGAUACCCAGACUGCUGCCGACAAGGGCCUUGUGGCACCCGAAAUUAAAGAAAUCGCUUGUGUAAUGCCUCCUCAUGAGAGCCAGAAAGACACCCGCACGCACUGGACGGCGCUCUUCAUGGUGAAAGUUGGCGAUGUGUCCACCGGAUUCAUGCAGCACAUUCUUCACGGGCGCAAAGAUUAA